AGGACCAAAAUUAGCUCUUCAUUACAAGCAAAACAAUUAAUUGAUGAGCAAUUCAAGAAGUAAACUGAGGUUCGAAAAUGAUAAAAGUAAAGAUGAAUCUUUUAAUGGUAUCAAUGUUGUUGCUAUCAAAUACAGUCAGUGCAUCGUUUAAGAAAAAGAACUCAAAGGCUCAAUGCUCAGCAAGCUGUGGAAUUCCCGGGGUUCCAGGAGUUCCCGGUGUACCUGGAGCUGCCGGACGAGACGGUUUAAAAGGAGACGUAGGAUCUAAAGGAGAAAAAGGUGAACGAGGUAAUCCUGGGUCGCCAUUGAAAAAUGACAUUAGUUUUUCAAGCUGGAAACAAUGUGCUUGGAAGAGAGGCGAUGGUAAAGAUCAUGGAUUAAUUCAGAAUUGUGUAUUCACAAAACGUUUGACAACACUUCUUCAAGUGUUUUAUGGAGGAAACUUGCGAAUUUCAGGGUGCAAUGAUUGUUGCAAACGUUGGUAUUUUACUUUCAAUGGAGUUGAAUGUAAAACCCUCUUCCUAUUGAUGGAGUUUUUACAUGGCCAAUGGAAAGUCACAAAAUAUCCAUCGACAUCGUCACAUCGAAGGAUAUUGUAA